CAGGGGCGGACUGACCAUUUGGAAACUUGGGCACUGCCCGAGGGCCCGGGGUCAGUAAGGGGUCCCAUGAGAUGCCCCUGGUACCUUUUUCAUAGGCUUUUUUGAGUUUGGGCAAGGACACAGGGGCCCCAUGAUCCCCUAUUGCCCGGGGGCCCCAUGAGUUGUCAGUCCGCCCCUGGUGAUGCCUCCUACCAGUGCCUCCUCAUCGGUGCCCAUCAGUGCCACCUAUCAGUGCCCAUCACUGCAGCCUCAUUAGCGCAC